AUGCCCCGCUCAGUAUUGUUCCUCGGCGCGACGGGCUACAUCGGCUCCACCGCGCUCGACCGCAUCGCCAAGGCGGACCCCAGCGCAACAUUCACAAUCUACGGGCGCAACGCCAAGGUCCUGGAGGGCUUUGAGGGUGUCGACCCGCGCUUCAAGGGUGCGCAGGGCACGCUGGAGGAGCACCACAAGUUGACCCUCCUCGCGGCAAGCCACGACAUCACAGUCAACUGUGCCGACGCCGACAGCAUCGACGCGAUCCGCGCCAUCCUCGCCGGCCUGCGCCAGAGGCACGAGGCCACGGGCACCAAGCCAGUCUUCAUCCAUACCUCGGGCACCGGCGUGCUCAGCGAUGAUGCUCAAGGCCAAUACGCCGGCGACAAGAUCUACACCGACUACAAGGCGGACGAGAGCAAGCUCCCGCCCUGGCUGCCGAUUUCAUCGCUCCCGCAUGCAGCGCUGCACCGGGACGUUGACCUCGAGAUUGAGGCCGCCGACACCGCAGGCUAUGCCUUCACGUACAUCGUCCUCCCCAGCACCAUCUACGGUAUCGUCUCACACGUGUUCGCGGACCGCGGGCUGUCCAACCCCCAGUCGCAGCAGGUCCCGCACCUUACUCGCUGGUCGAUCGAACGCCGCGCCGGAGCCGUCAUCGGGCGCGGGGAUAACCUCUGGCCGAAUGUGCACAUCGACGACACGGGCGACCUUUUCGCACUCGUGUACACGCUUGCGCUUACUGGCCGGGAGCACGGUGCCGACGGCUACUUCUUCGCCGAGAGCGGCGAGCACACCCUGAGGCAGGUGGGCGACGCGAUCGGCGCCGCGCUGUACGCCAAGGGACUCGCCGACACGCCCGAGGCCCGCACGCUCACCGAUGCCGAGCUGGACAAAUUCGCCGGCGGAUCAAAGUACCUCGGCGGUAACUCGCGCGCCCGCGGAGUGCACAGCCGUGCAAUCGGUUGGAAGCCGACCCACGGGCUGGACGACUUCCUCAAGGAGAUUGCCGUUGACGUCGACUGGACCCUCUCGCACGACCGUGGCAAGGGCACCGACGGUAACUGGGUGUUUGGGCCUGGGCCGGUGCGUGUCGGCGACGGCUGGCGCAUGCCCGAGGGUGACAUUCGUAUGAAGUAG